GCCUGAUAUCAUCCAGUCGUCUCGUUGCCCCUCCGCCCACUUCUCUACUUCUUCUUUUUCCAUUCCUCCAUUCCAGUCCCCUCCUUUCCCUCUCUCCAUUUUCUCUCCCCCUCUGCUUAUCUCGCCAAUUGCUUUUCCACCGUCUUCUUUCUAUCCUUCUAUCUCCUUACUAGCUCGCAAUCAUGGUCGGAAUCGGUCCCAAGCGCCCCCCAUCCCGCAAGGGUUCGAGGCACGAACUGCCUCAGAAUCUCCUGCAGCAGAUCAAGGAGCUCGAGGAUGUCUUUACCGUUGAUACGGCCCGGUUGAAGCAAGUGGUGGACCAUUUCGUCAAGGAACUGGAGAAGGGUCUCAGCGUCGAGGGUGGAAACAUUCCCAUGAACGUGACCUGGGUGAUGGGUUUCCCCGACGGCCAUGAGCAAGGAACUUUCUUGGCCCUGGACAUGGGCGGCACCAACUUGCGUGUCUGUGAGAUCACCUUGACGAAGGAGAAGGGUGCUUUCGACAUCACCCAGUCCAAGUACCGCAUGCCCGAGGAAUUGAAGACCGGCACCGCCGAGGAGCUGUGGGAGUACGUUGCCGACUGUCUCCAGCAAUUCAUCGAAUACCACCACGAGAACGAGGACCUGGCUAAGCUGCCCCUGGGCUUCACAUUCUCCUACCCCGCUACUCAGGACUACAUUGAUCACGGUGUCCUGCAGCGGUGGACCAAGGGUUUCGACAUCGACGGUGUUGAAGGUCAGGAUGUUGUUCCUCCGCUCGAGGAGAUUCUCAAGAAGCGGGGUCUUCCGAUCAAGGUUGCUGCCUUGAUCAACGACACCACCGGAACUCUGAUCGCCUCUUCCUACACGGAUUCCGCCAUGAAGAUCGGUUGUAUCUUCGGAACCGGUGUCAACGCCGCCUACAUGGAGAACGUGGGCUCCGUGCCCAAGCUGGCCCACCUGAACCUCCCCGGGGACCUGCCCGUGGCCAUCAACUGCGAGUACGGUGCUUUCGACAACGAGCACAUUGUUCUGCCAUUGACGAAAUACGACCACAUCAUCGACCGCGACUCGCCCCGUCCAGGCCAGCAAGCGUUCGAGAAGAUGACCGCAGGUCUCUACCUGGGUGAAAUCUUCCGUCUGGCCUUGCUGGAUCUCCUGGAGAGCCGGCCCGGUCUGGUCUUCCGCGACCAGGACACCUCACAGCUGCGCAAGCCCUACCUGCUGGACUCGUCUUUCCUGGCGGCCAUUGAGGAGGACCCCUAUGAGAACCUGCAGGAGACCGAGGAGCUGAUGGAGCGCAAGCUGAACAUCAAGGCCACGCAGGCGGAGCUGGAGCUGAUUCGUCGCCUGGCCGAGCUGAUCGGAACGCGCGCGGCUCGUCUGUCGGCAUGCGGAGUGGCCGCUAUCUGCAAGAAGAAGAACAUGGAGUCGUGCCACGUGGGAGCGGACGGUUCCGUCUUCACCAAAUACCCCCAUUUCAAGGCCCGUGGAGCGCAGGCGCUGCGCGAAAUCCUCGACUGGAAGCCUAGCGAGCAGGACAAGGUGACCAUCAUGGCGGCCGAGGAUGGAUCCGGUGUGGGCGCCGCCCUUAUCGCUGCGUUGACUCUGAAGCGCGUCAAGGCGGGUAACCUGGCUGGUAUCCGUAACAUGGAUGAGAUGAAGACGUUGCUGUAAAUGUUGGAGUUUUAUUGGGAUGAUUUAUAUAUCUCUUUUUGUUUCCCUUUGCUCUCUUUACUGGAGACAAUGUGCGUGUUUCGAUUUGGGUCGGCAAUGGGUUGGAGAAACCCGAAUAAAAACAAAUUACGAUAGGGAUGCAUAUAUGAUAGCAUGAAGAUGGGGAUAUACGCCUAGAUGUCGGAAUAGGACUAAAUGACAGAUAACCCCAGAGUCUGACAGUUGCCACUACUGUUUUUCUGUCCCUUUUUUCCCCGGGCCCGUCGACUGAUCUGCAAGCAGAACCCCAGCAAUGUGGCUGGAAUGGAUCAACCGGGAUAAAUCCUCGAUGCGGAGAUGCUCAACAAUGUAGAAUCUCCUUUUGUCAGUUGUGCAGUCUUCAUUGCGCUGGACAGCCCAUGGGGGAAGGUUGUGUUUUCGGAAAUAACUGCAUAUAUAAGCCUGCAGAAGUGACAACGGUCUCAUCCCUUGUCUCACAUUAUCCUCUAUACUUCGAGCGGUUGAUAUCCCUUGAUCCAAAUAAACACA